AUGGAAACCAAAACAGAAUCGCACAAGCGCUUCUUCUGCUCUUUUCCGGACUGCCCGGCUGCUUACAACAGACAGUGGAAACUGGACGCCCACUUGUGUAAACACACGGGACUUCGGCCACACUCGUGUCAACACGAGGGCUGCCGAAAGUCCUUCUGCACGCCUUUCCACCUGGCCCGGCACGAGCUCGUCCACAGCGGGGAGAAGCCCUUCCGCUGCUCCGUGGAGGGCUGCGCGGAGGCUUUCACCACGAGCACCAACCGGAGCAGACACGUCAGCCGCGCGCACGCUCUCGAGCAGAAGAAAUACGUCUGCACGUUCCAGGGCUGCGGCCAGGAGUUCAAGAAGAACAAGCAGCUGAAGGCCCACAUGUGCGAGCAGCAUACGCAGCUGCCACCCUACCAGUGCGCCCACGAUGGCUGCCAGAUGAGAUUCUCCACCCCCAGUAAGCUGAAGCGGCACGAGAAGGUCCACAGAGGUUACCCGUGCACGGAGGAGGGCUGUCCGUUCACAGGGAAGACAUGGACGGACUUACUGAAGCACAGGAAGGAGCAGCACAGGGUUGUCCUGACGUGCGAGCACUGCAGCAAGGUGUUCAGGGACUCAUGGUUCCUCCAGCAGCACCAGCGUGUCCACGCCGACUCCCGGGUCGUCUACAAGUGCCCCAGAGAGGGCUGUGACCGCUCCUACACCACCAUGUUCAACCUGCAGAGCCACGUCGGCUCCUUCCACGAGAACCUGCGCCCUUUCGUCUGCACGCAUGACGGCUGCGGGAGAGCGUUCACCAUGAAGCAGAGCCUCCAGCGUCACAGUGUGGUCCACGACCCGGAGGGCAGGAAGCCGAAGAAGAGCAGACCAAAGAGGUCCAUCGCGUCCAGACUGAGCGGCUACAGAGAAGGGAAGAGGGUGGCGUGUGAAAAGCAACCUGACCCGAAGCGUGGGCUCUGCCAAGACAAAACAGAGCAGCCCGGUUCCGUUGUGUUGGUGUCCCUCUUGCAGGACACGUCUUUGUUGUGUGAGCCUCAUGGACUCACAAAUGUAAUGAACCCUCCUUUAUCAGUGUAGGCUUCAGUGACAGUAUGCAUGUCAGCACUGUCAGAACAGAAGGAGAGUUUGGGGGGUUUAAGUUCAUGAUGCACUUUCAUUGAGAGAAGAUGUGAAAGAUUUGACACAGUUUCAUAUCUCAUAUGUUGCAUGCUCUCCGUAUCCACCUGGUGUUCAGAGGGAAAUGAGGCUGGACCUUAUUCCUUCUGCUACUGUGGGAUACAAAUGUCUUUCUACUUCUGUGUCCCUGUUUCUCUCUGAAAAGAAUUAAAAGUAGUUGACUAAA